UGUAGAAGGCGAAAUUUUACAUACAUACUAUUUUCGAUAUCUCUACCCUGAUCUACCUACUAUAAAUAAUCAAAUGUCCUUAGACCAAAUGUUUUCUGUCCAAUAUCUAUCUGUCCAAUUGUCGUGCCACUUAAAUCAUAUUUUUACUUUUGAAUGUCGUUGUCAUGGUGAUGCGUUUCUCCUUAUCUAUGUAUUUGUAAACCUAAUUUUAAACAAAAAUGUCAGAUUCUGAUUCGCAAAAAUAUCUAACAAUAAGAAAUGAAAUAGAUGUAUUUGUAUUAGCUCGUAAACAAUUAGAAGAACGGCGAAAAAUUGACGAGGAACAAGAACAACGUUGGGCAAUUGUUGCUAGAAAGAAAAUGAAUCAAGGCUCGGGGAACGAAAAACAAGAUUUGAAUAAUACAAAAUCAAUAGCAGGUUUAGAUGAUUCUACUUUAAUAUUCUGUGGAGCACCAAAUUCAGGUAAAUCAACGUUAUUAUCUCGUUUUAUUGAAUUUGGCGGUGCUCCUUCAACAUCAUUUCGUCAACAACCUACUGAAAAAAGUAUUGCUCUUGAAUAUAAAUUUGUUAACAAAAUACUAAGAGGAAGUAGUCGUCAGUUAGUUCAUUGCUGGGAAUUGGCUGGUGGUGGUUCAAUGACCAAUUUGUUAGAAAUCCCUUUUAAUCAACCUUCUAGGAUCGCUUCUAUAUUGCUUUUUGUUGAUUUGACAAUGCCUGAACAAUUGCAACAAAUAACUGAUCCAAUUAUGACAUUUUGUCGGAAGCAAGUUGAGAAAUGGAUGAUAACAGAUAUAGAGCCCCAACAAAUAAAAGAAGAGUCGAAAAUUAUAAAGCCUCUUGGUAUUCCAUUAGUACUUAAUUUUGAAAGCGAACGCAAAAGAUUAACUUAUCGUUCAAUCAGACAGUUUGCACAUAUUAAUGGAGCGUCAAUAAUUACAUUUAGUGCACGAAUAGAUUCUUUAAUGCAAAAGGCACUUUUAUUGCUUUCAAAUGCAGUUUUAGAUGUGCCUUUCCCAAGAACAUUUGCAACUGAUCCUCAACAGCCUCUUUUUGUAUUACCAUAUGGAAUUGACUCUUUUGAGAAAAUUGACCCUUCAGAAGAAUCUUUAAUUAAUUCUAUAAGUUCAUAUAGUGAAGCUAUGUUUAAUUAUAUACAAUCAUUAAAUUCUGCUUUCCCUCAACUACAGCAACAAAUUGAUGAUGCUGGAGGAGGUGAGCGAGAUAGACGACAACAAUUCGAUGAACCUAGAAUUGAUGCAUUUGUAGAGGAAAGAAUGAGGAAAUUAGAAUUGCAUGUUAGAGAAUUGCAAGAUAGGUUAAAAACAGAGAAAAACUUGGAAAAUCGACAAAAUAUUUAA